CCCCAGUGAGGGCGCAAAAGACCGUUCAUCAGCUCACCUGACCCACUUUCUUUCCUCCUCAAUGAUCGAUAUCCCGGUGCUUGUUAACGCCCCUGUACCCAUUCCAGCCACGUCCCCACAUGCCGAUCUCGAUGGGCACUUCACAAUGGAAAAUCCUGGAUACGUCAUCUACUGUUUGCCGAGCGUACUACAUUAGAGGCGCGGGCCCAAACAGUCAGACCCGGAACGUAAAUCAACACGCUAAAUUCUCCUGCCAUACCUGUCGAUAACGCCCUUUGAACCCUCCUGAGAAAAAAAUCUGUGCCUGGUUCAAGAUGGAGGUGUUCAGAAGGGUACGAUUGACAUGUUGUUUGACAGCACUUGGUCUUGUCAUGUUAGUGAGAGUGGACGGAUCAGAACACAGCACAGCGUGUACCUUUGACUUGGAGAACAGAGGGGAGAUAUGCUUCUAUCAGGAGUUCUAUUUCCCGGGAAACUACUCUUUCGAGUUUCAAGUAAUCAAGGGCGGCCAGAGGGAUGUUGACGUGGCGAUCAUGGCACCGGACGACAGCCUCAUCUAUAACAAAGAGCGAGAGAAGUCAGGCGUGCACAACUGGCAGACCACCGUGGGCACCUACAAGUUCUGCUUCAGCAACGCCUUCUCGACGUUCAAUAGAAAGCUGAUCUACAUGUCCCUGAUGAAGCAAGAGACAGCGGCUCUCGCGGCACGGAUGGGCACCAAGCGGCCUGAUGACAUCUCAGCGUGGCUGUUUGUAGCAAAACAAAUCAAGGAGUCACUAGACAUCAUAGUGGAGCUACAGAACAGAUACCGCCGCUAUGAAGCUGUGGACCUAAACAACGCGCUGGACCUGAGUGGGCGGGUACACGACUGGUCUCUGUAUCAGUCGGUGCUCGUGGUUGUGAUCGGCCUCGGGCAGAUGAUCAUACUGAAGACUUUAUUCACAGACAAACAGACAAGGAGAUUCAGCAGACCAUAGAUAGUGAACAACUGCUGUCCGACAGCAAAAUAUAUUUUUAGAUAAGCUUACGUUAUAUCAUUUUUUUCUCAAAUAGGAUACUACUAGUACAGUAUGCACGUAGAAGUGUUAAUAACGACCGCGUUAUUGCAACAGCAACAUAAAUUUCAAAAAGAAUACCAUUGUUCCAAAAACUAUAUGAUUUAGCUUCACAAGAGUGAACCUGAGAAAUUAUCGUUUGUGAUAUGUGUCAAAUGAAAUUAAAGAAAUUGACCAACUUGCUGCUUUUUAAUCAAAGUAACCAGCUCGUUACAACUCAGCCAGAUCGACCUCCGUUUGGUCACCUUUAUCAGCGUGGCAACCUAUAUCCUUUGAAAUAGGAUAGUUAGUCAACCGGUGGUGUUCUCAAACUGCAACUGUUUAACACUGUGAUUAUUCAGCACUAUGGCGAGAUUUGAAAGUCAUCAGUGACAUCUUAUUGGCGUCUGUGUGCUGGGGUCACCUAGUUAUGAUAACGGGUGUCAUAAGUACUAGUACGUCAUCCAACCACUGCCCAAAGGGUAGUGCUUAUCCUCUGUAAACAUUACCUCCAUGACAAGACAUCCUUUCAGCACCAAGGACAGACACGCAAGGGCCCUCACUAGUUUCUGUGGGCCAGAAAAGGAAGGGUAGUACAUUUUGUACUCUGCUUAUAACAUGUCUCUGCAUAGUCUUCACAUAUAGUCUACAUAGUGUUAAUAGGUUAGAUUUACCUGAGUGUACUAUUUCUGUUUUGAACAAAUAAAGUCUCAUUGAAUUUCA